AUGAACAAGCAAGAAAGAACUACAGAAAACUGCGAAAGCAUGGCCCGGGUCCAUCAUUCUUGCAAUAACACGUUAGAAAGUAAUGGAGCAAAUCUUCCUAGAGGAAGAAACCAUAGCCUUUCUGCAGAUUUAAAUGUAAAAUCUGCAUCUGAGAAAAAUGGUAAAGGAACUCCAGAAUCUGCAGCAGGACUGUACAUAAAUCAGAGAUUUGAUGUGCCCAAGCACAACUGCUUGAAUGAUUUUGACAGAGCUUCACAAAACCAAGAAGUGGCUGAAGAUUUGUGGACUAAGGAGUUCCUUUCUAAUGAAGCAUCUAAAGAAAAUCUAACUGGUGAAUCUGGCUGCAGUUCUAAACAUCAAAGAGAAAGAAAACAAUGUUCGUAAUUGUGGUUUAGCACAAUCCUUGUUUCCAGACUGUGGGCACAUCAGUGAUAGCAUAGAGUCUGUUGGAGGCAUGUACCCUGAUAUUAGUGACCAUAUCUGUAGCCAAGACUUGGGUGAUUUUUCUUGUUACCAGCAAGAAUUGUUAGACAAAGAAGGAGGUGAUGAUGAAGAUAGUGGGAGGCUAGCAGAGGAGGAUUUUUUGAAGCCAGCAGGUGGAAAAAGAAGCCGUAAAGGAAAAUCUCGUAAUAUUGCAAGAGAUGAAUUGAGAAAGGAUGGUCGUCAACCUCCAUCCUCCAGUAGCAAGCACAAGCUAGGUCGCAAGAAGAGCCAUGUUGAAGGGAAACACCAACUGAGAGCCUUAGUUCCUCAGCCCUUGUUGCAGGUUUCAAAUUACUGUAUCCGGGUGCUUAUAGAUUUGGUGCUGCUGAUUGGUGAAUGUGUAGAGGCACUUGGCACCCAGCUGUAUAUCAGGUUAUGGUUACCUGCUCAUGACCUGGGCAGUUUGAAAAGUCAACUUUGGACCUUUGGUGUAUGGGCACAGCAUCGUACUAAAGAUUUAUGGAGUUUUAUUUGCUUUUGCUGUUUAUGGAUUGUACGUGUAAUGAAAAUGUUAUGUGCUAUAUUAUUCUCGCUGCUUCUUCUCUCCAUGAGCUGUGCUCGAGUUUGUUGGAACUAUAUUAAGAAAACGGGGGACAAUCUUGGAACAGACAGCAACUUGCGGUCCUGGAUUUCCUCAAAGUUUCAGAGAGUCGGGGUCUUAGUGACACAAAACAGGAUAUACAAACUAUUUUUUAGUCGCCUGAAAAAAUGGACAGGGAAAUUAUGGCCUUCGAAGUCAAGGACAGAUAAAGACACCACAAGAGCCCCAAUGGGGUCAACAAGUACAGGUCGCUUUCAGGCUAGAGAUGAGGUGGAACGUCUGCUAACCAUGGCUGACAUUCCAGAGGAGGAUUUAAAUCCUUUUCAGGUUUUAGGGGUGGAAAUGGAUGCUUCUGAUGUGGAGCUGAAAAAGGCGUAUCGUCAGCUGGCUGUUUUGGUCCAUCCGGACAAGAACAAUCACCCUCAUGCUGAAGAAGCUUUUAAGGUACUACGGGCAGCGUGGGAUACAGUAAGCAACCCAGAGAAGAGGAAGGAGUAUGAGUUGAAACGAAUGUCAGAAACUGAGCUAGCCAAGUCCAUGAAUGAGUUUCUUUCUAAGCUGCAAGAUGAUUUAAAAGAGGCAAUGAACAGCAUGAUGUGCAGCAAAUGUCAGGGAAAACACCGGAGAUUUGAAAUGGACCGAGACCCUGCAAAUGCUCGUUACUGUGCUGAAUGUGGGAAAAUGCAUCCCGCAGAAGAAGGAGAUUUCUGGGCAGAGUCCAGCAUGCUUGGGCUUAAAAUCACAUACUUUGCUUUGAUGCAGGGCAAAGUGUUUGAUAUAACAGAAUGGGCAGGGUGCCAGCGUGUGGUAAUCUCUCCAGACACUCAUCGGGUCCCAUAUCACAUUUCGUUUGGCUCAAAGAAUUCAGUAAACACAGGACGCCAAAGGUUUGAAUCAUUUUAUUGUAUGGAGAAUAGGGGAUGGACAAUAGGGGUGCUGUACAAAUGUGAACCCCUGUUUUUUUUUUUUAUGUUUUUUUCCACUUUUACCAAAUUGGGAUAA